UCCCUACACGCAGAGCGAACGCUCCGGAACGCUCGGCGACAGCCAAUCAGCGUGUCUCCCUGCUUUGUUAGCUCUCCUCUGGCGAAACAACAGCUCGUUUCGAUUUGUUUUCCUUUUCGCCGCGUAGCCAUCAAAAAACAGAGCGAGUAAAAUGUUAGAAUAAAUAAAGCGUGUAUUUGUGUUUGGUGUUAUUAUCGUUUUGGUGUUAGUCUAGACUGAAGGCAGAGGAAGUUGGAACUGCCGACGCAUCGUUCGCUGCUAGCUAACUGGAGCUAAUAUCGAGCGACCCAACAGAGAAAGCAGAGAUGGGGUCCAUCCUGAGUCGUAGAAUCGCUGGUGUUGAAGACAUCGAUAUUCAAGCCAACUCGGCUUACCGAUUUCCACCGAAAUCUGGGAAUUAUUUUGCCAGCCACUUUUUCAUGGGAGGAGAAAAAUUCGACACGCCACAUCCAGAGGGAUACCUUUUUGGGGAAAACAUGGACCUGAAUUUUCUUGGAAAUAGGCCAGUGCAGUUUCCAUAUGUAACACCUGCACCCCAUGAGCCUGUGAAAACCCUGAGGAGUCUGGUGAACAUCAGGAAGGAUUCGUUGCGUUUGGUCAGGUAUAAAGAUGACUCUGACACACUGGCGGAGGACGGCGGGAAACCAAAGGUCCAGUAUGGUGUGGAGUUCACUUUUGAUGCUGAUGCUCGAGUGGCUAUCACCCUCUACUGCCAGGCAUUUGAGGAGUUCUCCAAUGGCAUGGCAGUGUACAGCCCAAAGGAUCCGUCGAUGGCCUCUGAAACUGUGCAUUACAAGCGGGGGGUGAGCCAGCAAUUCUCCAUGCCGUCUUUUAAAAUAGAUUUCAGCGAAUGGAAAGAAGAAGAUUUGAAUUUUGACCUUGACCGAGGAGUGUUUCCCAUGGUGAUCCAAGCUGUGGUUGAUGAAGGGGACGAUUGCCUUGGACAUGCUCAUGUGCUUUUGGCAGCAUUUGAAAGACAUGUUGAUGGGAGUUUCUCAGUGAAACCUCUGAAGCAGAAGCAAAUUGUGGACCGUGUAAGCUACCUCUUGCAGGAGAUUUAUGGAAUCGAGAACAAAAACAACCAAGAAACUAAGCCAUCUGAUGAUGAGAACAGUGACAACAGCAACGAGUGUGUCGUCUGUUUGUCUGACCUGCGAGACACGCUUAUCCUGCCCUGCAGACACCUUUGUCUCUGCAACUCCUGUGCGGACACUCUGCGGUACCAGGCCAACAACUGCCCCAUCUGCAGGCUGCCCUUCAGAGCCUUGCUUCAGAUCAGAGCUGUGAGGAAAAAGCCUGGAGCUCUUUCUCCUGUGUCCUUUAGUCCAGUUCUGGCUCAGACUAUGGACCAUGAUGAGCACUCAGGCACAGACUCAGUUCCUCCUGGCUUCGAGCCCAUCUCACUGUUAGAGGCCCUGAAUGGUUUGCGCUCGGUGUCUCCUGCCAUCCCAUCAGCCCCCCUCUAUGAUGACAUCAACUUCUCAGGGGGUCUGGGAGGGGACAACAGACAGUUAAGCUCUCCAGAGCAUUUAAGCGAUGGAAGUCUGCAGAAAGGCAAAGUCAGCAAGUCACCUGACAGCACCCUGAGGUCUCCAUCGUCUCCAAUCCAGGAGGAGGAUGAAGAGAAGCUGUCAGAGAUGUCAGAUGCUCAGCCACACACUCUUCUGUCCAGUAGCCCCGCCCCCACAGAUGCCACAGCGACUGAGGACGUGGCAGAAUCCCUGUCUCCAGAUGACGAGGACAGGAUGCAUUCUGGAGGAGACAUUCUGCAGGACUGCAUCAGUGAACACAGCAGCUUGACCAAAACAGAGAGUGACCCACCAGGUGAUCUGUCUUUGCCAGCUCUAGGUCCUGAUUCCUGCUCUAUUGGUAUGGAGGAAUAACUGUGGGUCAUCAGAAAGCCUGAAAAGUCAGAGCACAAACUGCUCCAGCCAGCCUCUCCUGUGUCCCACGAGCAGCCUUCAUAUGGAAGAUGAACAUCUCAUCCACUAACUCCUCCCAUCUUUGCUUCAAGGAAGUUAACAAGAGUGAGGCAGGACUCUGUUUAUUCCAUCAGCAUCUCUUGACAAAACAAAAGAAAUUGGACUGUCACAAAGAUGUUUGUGAUGGCUUGUUCUGUGACUGAAGUUUAAAAAAAAAAAAAAAAAAGAUCACCUCCCCCCAGCUUUUUAUUAACUCUCGAAUGGUGUUCAGUCGUCGAGUUGUUGUUUAGUACUGUUUAUUCCUGAGAAAUUUCACUACCUGUCAUGGUGGUGCUUUUAAGCACACUUACUUUAAAUUAACGCUGUAUCAAAGUUUUUGACACUAAAUUCUGAAGAAUUCAUAAAUAAGGAUUGUGUUUGGAAAUCAGUGAAACACUUUAAUGACUUGACACCUUAAUCGUUUUAUUCCUGUCAGGCUGAUUUAUGGGCUAAAGUUUGUAUUACUUGUGUAUCCGUGUAGCCAUUUGAGGUGAUUUUGCUCCCCCAACAAAAUCAGUUAUAAUUCAUUCCUCACAACAAAAGUAUAUAAUGACAUAUGUCUUAAGCUGUCUUCUGUCUAAAACAUCAACACAUGGUUUUAUCAUUUCAAACUAUAUAUCUGUGUAUUACAACUAGAGUCCUGUGUAGUUGCCUUUAAAAUUGUACAUUUUUAUAUAUAUAUAUAUAUUAUAUAAUAUAUAAAAAAAUAUAAAUAAAGGAACUACAUUCAGUUAACAUGCACAAUAUUUAAGACUUUGAUAAUCAAAAAGAGCUACAGAUUUACAUCCUAACAGCUGAACUCAAAGAUAGCUAAAGCCUGCUACAAGCAUAGAUGCUGCACCUACAUGUUUGCUGACUUAGUGUGGCACAGUAAGGGUGCUCGUGAUAUAUGUUGCAAAUUUCUACAGUCCCUUUUUUUUUUUUUUUUUUUUCUGUGGCAAUGCCAGUGUCUGCUUCUGUGAUGUAGCUGCAAAAAAGGGGUCACGUGUUUGUGUGGCUGCAGCGACUGUACUUACCUUGGUUGUGUACGUGUAGCACACCGCAUAUAGAUCUAUGUGCCUUGAAUUAAUAUGGCUGCCUGCUUGUUGCAAUGGACAUUAGUGUUCUUAAAAAUGCCACAGUAUACAACAGUUUCAGCCCGUAGACAGGAUUUUUUUUGAUGCUGAUGUACAGAGCCUUUUUUUUCUAUCGCAAACUUCAUGCUACUGGAAAAACGUAUCUUGUUAUCGAGCAAUAUUCAAUUGAACUGUUCAUUUACUAUGUUAUUGCCAUGUGUUGAUUAUGCAUUCAAUAUUAGUGUUUAGGUUCAAGUGGGUUCUCCUCGUAACAUUUGUGUUUUUGAAAGGAAGGCAUCCGAUGUAAUAGAUGCAAAGGUAAAUGCAUCUUAAUAAUUGGGCUUGCAUUUGCAUGUGAAUUUGUAGAUGCUUAAACCUCUGACUCCUUUGAAUUCUUUCUUUUUUUUCUUUUGGUAACGUGCUUAUUUUGUCUUUACCCCCUCCUUUUCUGUGCCAUUUCAACUUGACACUGUGCCUUCCUGUUCUGACCACUAUUGACCUGGUAUCCAGGAUAACUCCACACUAGGUGGUAUUUGGCUCUCUGUAAAAUCAAUACCUGUCUCUUCCCGUGUGUGUAUAGCAGCAUGUGUAUAACAAUAAAGAGUCAUUACUUCAA